AUGCGUAUUGCUACCCCAAAUCCUGCCACCGUCAUUUUCGACCUGGAGCUUGGCAUUGUUAACGCCUGUAAACAAGCCUUCCUCAGUGCGGAGAUACGGCUGUGUUUGUUCCACCUCAGGCAAGCAGCCUGGGAACACCUGCAAGGGGAAGGCCUGCAGACUGCGUAUCGGGACCCGGAGGAUGAAUCCAUACGCAACGCUUUCAAGGAAGUCGUCGGCCUCGCCUUCGUGCCGGUGGACGACGUACCUGAAGCUUGUGAGGAGGUCCUCAACAACCUGCCGGACCGCAUGAUCGACUUCGGCGAUUACUUCAAGCGCACGUACGUCGUCGGCCGAAGAGGAAGGGGAAAUCGACGCGGAGCGCCCCCACGUUACCCACCCGUGUGGUGGAACCAGUAUCGUGCGGCUCGUGAAAAUGAGCCGCGGACGAAUAACGCCGCGGAGGCCUGGCAUAGUCGCUUCCAGACGGUCGUCGGCAAGAGCCAUCCCUCUCUCUACAAGCUCAUUGUCGAAUUUCAGAAAGAGGAGGCCGAUGUCCGAGUCAUGAUGCAGGAGCUCGACGAUGGAUGA